AUGCAGGAAGAUGGAACGCUGUUAGAGAAGGUGGUCCCGAAUACAAUAAGGUUUCUAGUGGUGGAAACCCACCAGACCUUUCAAGUAAACACCUUGACUUUAGAACACAAAGGACGUGUAAUUACCGGAGAGGAAAUUGUCAACGUGAAAGAAAACUCUGUCGUAACAGCAGAGUGUACGCCUUCGUCCGGUCGACCACCACCCGAUAUAGAAUGGUUUAGAUAUUCAAAUGGAAGCACACUGUCAGACAAAAUCUUAAUUGGAAAAGUUCGUGCAAGUAGUAUUGCAGUAUUACGGUACAACACAUCAAGAGACGAUAACGGUGUAAGCAUUGGCUGUGUUGCAAGUAACAGGAGAAAUUUCAAAGUAACAUCUAAAACGAUAAGCCUGAAUAUCUUAUAUCCCCCUGAUAUCGAUGAGAUGAAAAACGACAGCGCAGUUGAAGGCUCAGCGUUUAGAAUUCUAUGUCCAUUGUUACCAGGAAAUCCUACUAGUCAAACGCUACAAUGGAAAAGUGAAAUAAAUUAUACAAUGGCAACCACUGCGGUGUUGUCAAUUUCAAAUGUGUCUCGAAAUAAUAAUAUGAUGUUCAUUUGCAUUUUGACGUACAAGAUGAAACCUACCGGCAGUGAUACCGAAGAAGUAGGGGAAGUCAGUAAACACUUUUACCUGACAGUCUUUUACAGAACAGUCAUCUCAAAUUUUACCACCAACGAUCUUCAAACCGGCACAGUUGUCGUCAAUUACUACGACACAGUGCAAUUAACAUGUGUUGUUGAUAGCAAUCCCGAUUCAAAUAUAUCAAUUUUGUUCAACGAAACAAUACUUGAACAAAUAGCCAAAAGUAAACGACUUACCUUCAAUAUGAAAAAGGCUGAUUGUUCUAAUGCUGGUGUGUAUACUUGUUUUGGAGGCAACGAAUACAACUAUGGCAACAUGGCUCGUGCUAAUCUGACAGUGUUUGUGAAAUGUGAGUACAACUGUUUUAAUACAAGUCUUCAAAAUAUGUACGUUUCACCACAUGUGUUCGUAUAAAUUUUAUCUAUAUCCUUAAAAGCUGCACAUUUUAUAUUUAUAUUAUUAUUUAUUAAAUUAUAUAUUUGUUAUCAAUUUUUGUAUUUAAAUGCUUGUUUCAGCGUUGCAUCGUG